CGGGGGCGGCCCCUGAAACGAGGGAAGAAGGCUUGCGAGGCGGCAAUUUGGGUGUGUCAAAAAUGGCUCCGGCCUGUGAACGGCUGCAGUUUCGCUUCCCUGGCUAUGGCGAUGGAGUGCUACACCGCAUGGACCAGUUACGGGAACAGCGGCGGUUCUGUGAUGUGACGGUGCAGGUGAACGAGCUGCGGGUUCCGGGGCACCGUGUGGUCUUUGCCGCCUGCUCCCCUUUCCUGCGCGACCAGUUCCUGCUCAACGACUCCCAGGAGGUGUCUGUCUCACUGUUCCAGAGUCCUGAGAUCGGCCGCCAGCUCCUGCUCUCUUGCUACACAGGAUGCCUUGAAGUGCCCAUCAAGGAACUGGUCAACUACCUGACGGCGGCUUCCUUCUUGCAGAUGGGCCAUGUGGUGGAGCGCUGUGCCCAGGCGGUCUCCCACUACCUAGUCCCCAAGGCCGAUGCCCUGCUCCGGGAGGAGCACGUGGAAGGGAGCUACCCGCAGCAGGAUGGGGAGCAGGAGGAGAAGCAGUCUUCCUCCCCCGCAGGGGAAGCGGACUCCGAGGAGAGCAAAGCAGAGGGGCCCGAGUUCGCCCCACGCGGCUCCCACGGCCCCGCCUCUCCCGCCAUCUCGCUCUCCCUUAUCAACUCUGCGGUGGAGAUCACCCGCAGCUACUUGCAAGGUUGCUACGAUGACGAAACAAGCAACGAGGGGCUCCCUUUCCCGUCCGCAGCUCCCCUGCCCGCUUCCCAGUGGCGGAACUACCCCCUGCAUCGCCACCGGCACGGCACGGCCGCGGCUUACAGGGACUGGAGGACGGGUGGCGCAGCGGCCGCGUGGAAGGUGCCGGGGCUGGAGAGGCCCUACCGGUGCCCGCGCUGCAGCUGCGUGUUCCAGCAGCUGGGAAACUUUGCGAGCCACGUGCAGGAGCACAAGCUGUUCCUGUGCCUUCGCUGCGGCAAAGUCUUCUCGCAGAAGAGCAACCUGACGCGGCACAUCCGGGUCCACACGGGCUUCAAGCCCUUCCAGUGCCCCGUCUGCCGCAAGUGCUUUACCCAGAACGCCACGUUGCAGGACCACCUCAACCUGCACAGCGGCAUCAAGCCCCACAAGUGCAACUACUGCGAGAUGCAUUUCACCCACAAGCCGGGCCUGCGGCGCCACCUCAAGGAGAUGCAUGGCAAGAGCACUGUCCAGAACAGCCACGAGGAGAUCGAGCAGGUCACCAUCGACUUUGACUGAUGGGAGAGCGGUGGGGCGGGGGCUGCGAUCCGGGCUGCAAUCCCCGUGUGAGGCUGGGGGUGUGCGGAAAUGCCCUCUCGGCAAGAGAGCAGCUACAUGGACCGGAAGGGGCCGUGCUGCAAGAAGACGUCGGCGUGGGAGUGCCGCCGGUCAAGUUACUUCUUCUCCAGGAGCGAAGGAAGUGAUGUGAUUAGAGUGAUUUCUCUGGGAGAGCCGAGAAUAUGUACUGAAUCAUUUCCUGUACAGGAGACAAGACGGCGUAGGGGGGGAGACGGCAAGAGGAUGUCUUGGCCUACGCUAGGUGGGGCGUAUUUUCAACCGAGGGCUCUGUCACUAGGCCAGGUGAAGCAUCUGCCUUGAGUUACGGCUUUGGAGCUAGCUCCGCUCAGAGAGACGGAGACGGGACACUGCAUGAGCCCUGCAUAAUUCAGGGGGAUCUGAGCAAGAAGAUGAUGUUGCUUUGCACCGCCCCCUUACAGCUGAACAGGCUCUGUGCAGGAGUACCUCGCGGUGGGUGAAUGGGAGUACUUUUUAGGUUUCCUACCUCAGGCACAGCAACGUUGUUGUUCUGGUUCUGGCAGGCCAUCUGACACAACUGGCGAAGAACUGACCCAGAUAGAUGUGGCAAGAGAUGUAAUUCUUGAGGUAAUCAGCAAAUUAAAAUGAAUGCCACUGGGUCCAGAUGGCAUUUACCAAUGAGCUUUUUAAAUGCAGACCUUUUGAUCUCAAAAUAAAAAAUAUGCAACUUGUCACUGAAACUGGCCUGUUUGCAAGAAGAUUUGACA